GUAACACAUUGUAUGUAUCUCAUAAGUUCCGUGAAAGCGAAAAUGGCUGCUGGUUAUUCCAGUUGAGCCUGUAACCUGCCUUAACAGAUUUGCAGUAUCUGUUUACAACAGUUUGACGGAAAACUGAUUCUCAAAACAUCACAAGACACGCUUUUUGAGGGGGGCUUUCGCAGAAGAUGAAGCGAAUGGAUCAAAACGGCGUAGACGCGGUGACAGAUUACGUGGUUUCUUUCGGGGUUGCAGCGGUCAUCUACACCUGGUGUGCGACCCACCCCCAAAGCUACAAAGCCGUUAUGCGCUCCAGCGCACGGCAGAAGCUCGCUGAAAGCGGACAAGACAUGUACUGCCUGCCCGACUAUGAUGCCCGGUCCAACACAUGCUCGUGUUGCAUCAGGGUGGAGCCGGGUGGUUUUUUUCUGAAUGACUUCAGGCCGCCGGUGCCACGUUGGAUAGCAGUCUGGCAGGCCCGACUGAUUUGUCGGCUCUUCGGCAACACCGCAGAGAUUCGCGUGGUGGACCUGGUCACGCUUUCGCUUGCCGCGCUUUUGAAGGAGUGGGACGGCACGGCGGUGCGGGUCCGUUCUGUCACGUCGAAGCGACGUUUCACUGCGUGUGUCGCGCAGCACCAGCGCGUCAGCGGGCGGCUCUACGACGCACUCAGCGAGCUGCAGGAACUUCAGCUGCUUCCUUCUCCGUUCGAGGACUCCUCUCUGGCCGUGGUGGCGCACUUGCCCUCUCUCCAGCGUAUCCUCGCGGACGCGUGUCGUAUAGAGUAUUUGGCGCCACUCCGCUGCCUCUACCAUCUGCAGGAGCUACAAAUUGCACAGACUCAGAUUCGCGAUCGGGAACUGCUCAUUCUGGCGGAACUUCCUCUGCUGAUGACGCUUGAUAUUUCCGCCUGUUCACAGCUUUCCUCACUCGACGCACUAUCUCGCUCGCCGUCGCUGCGCGUGCUGCACGCCGCGAACUGUGAGCGCUUGGUUCGUGUGUCGCAGCUGAGCAGCAUCUCAACCUUGCGUCUCUUGGAUUUGUCCGAAAAUGUUCUUCUCCCGUCCGAGUUCGGCUCUCUCCUUACCCAGAGGCCGUUGCAGCUUCAGACCGGCUACUUCAUGCACCUCCGUUGGCCGCGUGAGGACCCUGCUAAUGUGCAACGUGUAUUGAGCGCCGCCACACACUUGCACCUGUCGUACUGCACACUCCCCAACAUCCAUUGGUUGUGCGGCGCGCAUGACUUGGAGCAGCUGUACCUCAACCACUCUAAUGUGACCGCCGCGGACGUGCAUCAGCUGGCACCACACCUCCCUUUCUUGCACGUGCUCUCACUUUCCUACUGCGAGCACCUGAAAACAAACCUUGACUUUGUGCCAUCCUUGUUGCAGCUCGGCAUCCUUACCCUUUCGCGCAGCAGCUUAUCUGUGUCUGCUUCAGAACUCGAAACGUUCAGGCGUUCUCUGACCGUGACGCUAUUGUAA